ACAGCCACCCGUAUUUUGUACCUCAGCCGUCGGUUCGUCGGUUGUAAAUUUUCUUCAAUGCAGAACGCCAUCAAUUUCCUGAUCUGAGUAUUAUAAGUAUCUCGCCCAAGGUCCUCAUAUCUUUUAUCUUUCUACGAGCUGGUCCUCAUUGCAAGCAGGACUUGUGAACCACGUCCCCUCAGAAAAAAAAGACUUCCGCCACAAAUUUCCUAUACCCGUUGCAUUUUCGUGACACCCACGCUUGUUCAAGUUCUUAUCCUCCGGUUCCUAACGCGUCGUCACUCGGGGGGCGUUUUUCCCUCGUCAAGCCAUAUUAUGACAGCCACAAGUGCAGUUGCCAUCCUUCUUUUUGUCGCCUCUUUGGCCAUUCAGGUCUACGCGGCGGCGAUUCCUAGCGCAUCAUCUCCUCCUGGGAAGUUCUCGGACGAUCUAGAUAUUCCAAGCGCAUCUGCUACUCCGCACAUCCAGGGCCUUCCGAGUGUCUCUGUGCGAAAUACACCAUCGACCGCCGUGUCUUCAAUUCCGGAUUCGACGAGCCCAAUGCAUGUGAACUCAAUGAUCGAGACUCGUACGCGCGAGCAUGAUUACCUGACUCCGCGCCGCCUGGAUGGUCAGAAAAAGAACUCUUCGAUGAAUAUGCCUUUAGACCCGAGUGAAACGGAGAAGAAGGAGGAAGGGAAGGAAAAGGGGGACUUGAAGGGUGCUCCGCCUCCGAAAAAGCAGUCGAAGCAACAGAAGGUGGAGACGGAAAGGCUUGCGCAGGAGCAACUUGCGGAGAGGAAGAAAAUAAAGGCCGCCAACCCGCCAGUGAAGAAAACGACGAAAACGACGAAAACGACGAAAACGACGCCUACGACGCCUAACGUAACUAAGGUGCCGGAGAAGAAGAAGAAUCUGAAUAAUCCAUUGGUAAAUCCUAUCAUCAAUAACAUCGUGUAUGGCAAUGUCCAGAAUGGACUCGGACCAUCGUUCAGCAAACCUCACCCGAAAAAUCAGAAGACUACUGACGCAUGAUAAGCUGUAUAGUUCAACUGUGCAAACAGAAAGUGCCCCCUUAUGCAGUUUUGUACAACUCGCAAAUAUUACUCGUUGUAAUUGUUUUUUUAUUUUUCGAAUGUGUAUCUUUUCCGACGUCGGUCGCUGACCGAAGAAGAAUGGUGGAAGCGAGACUCGUACUUUGUAUUGAGUACCUUCAGAUGUUGAGGAUAAC